CUUGCCAAAUUAAUCACACCAUUUGUGUAGUAAAGCACCCUAGUCCAAAAUAUGGCCAGAAUUCCGGCGAGCACUGCACGGGAGCUGUUGGCAGCGAGCUUCUCCGGCAUGGUUUUCGGGUUUCUCGAAGACGGAGGUCAAGAGUUUGAGCAGAGUUGUAGCAGCAGCGAUGGGAGUAGUCAAGAAACUGAGGCAAUGUUUGACAUGGAGGAUGAUCAAGAGGAUGCCGGAGAGGACGAGAAGGAUAAGAAGUUUUGGGAGAACCAGAACCAGAUUUUACAGGCGACGUUGUGCAGGACUAGUUCUCUAGAGACGAAGAUUAGGAGCGUGACGAAGGUUGCGGUGAAGGAGUCGGGGGAAGCCGUGUGCGGUUGUGGGAAGGAGUCGAGUGGUUGCCGGAGUUGCCUUAUGAGGGAAGUUUCUGGCAGGCUUUGCAAUGCUGGUUACAACAGUGCCAUAUGCAAGUCCCAGUGGAGGAGUUCGCCGGAUAUUCCUUCAGGAGAGCACACAUUUUUGGAUGUAGUGGACAAUUCAAGCUCCAGAAAAGGAGAGGUGAGGGUGAUCAUAGAACUCAACUUCAGAGCCGAGUUUGAGAUGGCGAGAGCAAACGAUGAAUACAACAGAUUGGUGAAACGACUACCCGAAAUCUUCGUCGGCAAGGUCGAGAGACUUCAAAACUUGAUCAAGAUUUUGUGUUCGGCUGCCAAGAAGUGUAUGAAGGAGAAGAAAAUGCAUAUGGGGCCGUGGAGAAAGCAGAAGUACAUGCAAGCUAAAUGGCUUGGUGCGUGCAAGAGAACGAUCGCGACGUCAACACCGCCGUUGUCAGUGGGGCAAUCGGAGCGGCUGCGUCUCAGGCCGAAGGCAUCGAUGCUAACUGUUGAUUUGCUAGGGGAGAUGAUGCCUAAUAUGCAUUGUGCAGCUGUUGCAGUUGUGUGAAUUCUUAACCAGCGUUUCGUUCAUGAUCGAUCUUUUUGCUGAUGACUACAAGAAAUUAAGUCGGAUUUUGAUCGAGUAGCAGUCUUGGUCUGUUUGUAUGUACAUAAUAUUUAUAGGAAAAAGAGUGAUUAAUCAUAUUGUAAUCCUUAAAUAAGGUUUUUGAUGUAGAACGAGAAUGGGUCAAAUUUAGACAGAAAAAUAAAAUAAAAGUCAGGAAGUGACGAAUAAUCAAAAAGAAUGAUUUGAAGACCGGU